CCCUGCAAAGACAACAUUGAAAUCUUCUCUUAGAUUUUCUAAUUUGUUUUUAAUUAAAAAAGAAAAUACACUAUAAAUCCGUCUCUCUCAUUACCUCUCUCUCAUUUUUAGGGUUUUCUCUCUCCUCUCUCCUCUCUCUCUUUCAGGUUUCUCUCUCCUUUGUCUCUCUUUCUCUCUCCAGAAGGGCAAAAUCCUAAAGAGACGUUAACACCCCCCAAAGCUUCCAUGGACGACGAUGCAUUGAACAUGCGCAAUUGGGGUUAUUAUGAACCAUCAUACAAGGAGCCACUAGGUCUCCAGCUAAUGCCAGCCAUGGUAGACCGUGAUUCGAAGCAUCUCCUACCCAGGCGUGAUCCGAAUAACAUCAUGGUUGGUGCCACUGGAGCCUACCUUCCGCGUGAUUCUUUGGUUUCGGAUGCCUCUAUGCAUAUGAAUUAUAUGAGGGAUAGUUGGAUAAACCGGGAGAAGUUUUUAAAUAUGCUACCCCCGAAUCCUAGUUAUGUUGUUCACCCUGAAACUUCUGGAGCUCAGUCCAUGCCAAUGUUACAGCCACCCGAUUCAUCAAGGGAUGAGAGGGUGAGUAGGAUCGAGGAGCCUAGUGUAAGUAAGGAAGGUAGCUCGUUGAAGAAAAGACAAGUUGGGGGUACCGCCCCCAAAACUCCCAAAUCUAAGAAACCUAGAAAGCCAAAAGAUGUUAGCAACAAUACAGUUCAGCGUGCGAAGCCAGCUAAGAAAAGUGUGGAUGUUGUUAUAAAUGGGAUUGAUAUGGACAUUUCAGGUAUCCCAAUUCCGGUCUGCUCAUGUACCGGAACUCCUCAGCAAUGUUAUCGAUGGGGCUGUGGAGGAUGGCAGUCUGCAUGUUGCACAACAAAUGUCUCGAUGUAUCCUUUGCCAAUGAGUAGCAAAAGACGCGGUGCAAGGAUAGCUGGAAGGAAAAUGAGUCAGGGUGCAUUUAAGAAGGUACUGGAGAAGCUCGCGGCUGAAGGUUAUAACUUUGCUAACCCAAUUGAUUUAAGGGCUCACUGGGCAAGACAUGGAACCAACAAGUUUGUCACUAUCAGGUAGAUUUACUUUGUUGGUAUCAGUAAUGGGACUCCCAUUACCUGUGGCCCGCUUCUCUUGUAUAUAUCCGUGGACUCUUGCGGAGAUCUAUUUGGUUCAUUGUAGUUCAAGAAUUUUCAUCCAUGAUACAUGUUUUCGAAAUUCAGACACCUAGUCUUUUCGAAAUUGUUUACUUUUCAUUUUCGUCUGUGUUUAAAAGCCAACCAGUAAGUUCUGGCACCCGGAUGUAGGAUGUGGAUGAGUUUAUUUUGUUGGAUUGGAUUCUCUUUUCUGCGGUUAAUUUCAUUUUAUUAAAGAUUAUCAAUUGAAUUCUCCUUUCACCA